UGCUCUGAGUCACGUUAGCACAGCACUAGCAUGAAAGCUAGCGCGAUUCUUUCUCCGGGCGCACGGGGCCACAGUUUGCAUACUGGCGAAUUAGAAUAACGCCAUUAUUUAGAUAACUUUCGGAAUUUGGUUCAGCAUUUGCACAUGUUUUGUAGUCAAAUACGAGUCAUUCCACCCACCCAGCUUUCUGCGGUUUCCGCUUGUUUUGUCUAAUCCUGUUGAGGUGUUCAGAGAUGCAGAACCGGGGACCAAAGUGGUUGCCUAGAUACCUGCUUCUCUCCCCAUCCAUCUGGCACAGGCGCAGUCAUACCACACUGUGAACCACUCUGGGAUCAACAACAUCAUGAGGACCGUCUCACAGGUGCGGCCCGAUCCGUGUGAUCUAAAUUCAGCAAGACUGUGACAGGAUCGUCCUGCCUUGGAUCCGACGCUGCUCAACCCCAAUACAGAUAGUAAAGUUGAGCAACAUUUCCCGGGAUUAUGCUGAGCAUCCUUGCAGCUGGCUCCAUAUUUUUCCCAGGCCUUUUUCUCCUGUCCAAGCGAAUCCUAAAACAUGCUCCGCGGCUCAGGUGGAGCGAGAAGGAUGCUGUCAUCGUCUCAUCCAGACUGGUGUCCUCUGUUCAAGCCAUUAUGGCAUCCUCUGCUGGGUUUAUCAUUGCCUGCUCCUGCAAAGACAUUAUCGAGGACCAGCAUUGGCUCACCAGCAGCUAUAUCCUCUUUGCGGUCCCAUACUUCAUCUAUGACAUCUACGCCAUGUUCAUGUGCCACUGGUACAAGCUUCAGGUCAAAGAUCAUGAGGAGGAGAGCAAGACCAAACCAAUGAGAUCAGCCAUCGGUGGCUACCUGCGCAGAGAGUUCCUUAUGGUCCUGCACCACGUCGUCAUGGUUACCGUCUGUUUUCCUGUCUCUGUGUUCUGGAGACAGGGUAAAGGAGAUUAUUUCCAGGGUGUGAUGUUCAUGGCAGAACUCAGCACUCCAUCUGUUUGCUUGGGAAAAAUACUCAUUCAGUACAAGCAGCAACACACUCUCCUUCAUAAAGUCAAUGGAGCUCUUAUGCUGGUCACUUUCUUCAUCUUCAGAGUCCUUCUCUUCCCCUACCUCUACUACGCCUACGGCAGGUACGCCAACAUCCCCUUCUACAUGGUACCGCUGUCUGUGCCCUGGCAAUGUAACGCAGGUGCAGCACUCCUCGCGGCCCCGCAGGUCUACUGGUUUUGCCUCAUCUGCAGGGGCGCCUUCCGCCUCUUUACCAGAGCUUCGCGCUACAAAAGGGUCCCCAGCAGCAAGGACUCUGAGUCCAAAACCUCGUUCCUGUCCCCUGCCAACGGAUACAGCUCCAGAGAGAGCGACUCGCACUGAGGAGAUGGUGAUAGGAAACCGAAUGCAGAUUAACUUAUAACAGAUAAUUAACCAAUAACAGCAAAUAAACUGUGAAGAUGUGCACAGCCACUAUUUAACUUUACCCUUUCCUUCAGAAGAAGACCAAGCAGAUUGUUUUCUCCUUAUCAUGCAGAUCUCCGGUGUUAAAGGAAAUCUGAUCCGCUGCAUUGCAGGGUGCUUCAUUUGUAGAUGACCAUUAUCAUACAAGCUUCAAAAAAAAGGAUAUGGAUACGGUGAAACAGUGUUUAAGUGAUGGACGUAACGGUGGAUACAUUGCUCCUCAUUUCCUCUCUUGAGUCAUUCUGCCUCUCUUCGUUUGUCUUUGUAGUUGCAGAAAAGGGAACAGCAAUUUCUCGGUCAAUCUGUACAUACGUUUUCUUGAUAUUUAUGUUGAAUUUCGAAUAGUUCAUAAUUGAUUUUAAACAUCUGUAGAAUCUGUUAAUCUACUUUGAUUUUUUUAAAUUCCUCAUUACGGGUAGAUUCGUUUAAAUGCAAGCUGCACAUGCUACGGGAUGGGGAAAGACGUUUUCAGACUCAAAUCAACCACUGAGAUCCUUGCUGUGGUUAAUGGCCAGGUGCCACAUUUCCAAAUUCUCCAUCUCUUCUUCUGUUUUCCUCAAUACACAGUUAAAAACAAAAUGGAAGCGGCUGCGUAUGGUUUAAUAAUGAAUCAGCAGUUAUAAGAAGAAGGGGGUGAUUUGAAGGAUUUGGACGGCGCUGAGGUAAUGCAUUAGCAUAUCGGCACUGCAUUACUCCAAUCCUUUUAAGAUCCUUGGACUGAGUCGUCCGUUGAAAAAAAUGCUGCACUUGAAAACCGAGCUGAAGUUGCCAAGACAGACCCAAGCCUAUUGGUUUGUACGGUUUAUGCGAGGAGUGUACAGCAGAUGGCCAGCCCUUUUUAGAGAUUUGACCUCCAUGUAGAUCAACACCACAAAAUCGAGUCUGAAGAAUUUGUAAUCUGCACAUUGUAUAGGGAGCAGAACCACUUUAGUUUUCAUCCCUGACAAGAUCGAUUUUAAUGUUCAAAUACUUCCUGGACAUUAAGAUCGGAGGUACACCAAGGACGUGCAGUGACAUCAAUCAGUUCUCACGGUUAAGACAAAAGUGUUGGUUAGCAACACCUCCCUUAGGCAUUUAUUGCCUGGCUGCCUGUUUUGCUAUAUACAUAAAUGGGGCUGGCAGCAUGAUGUUAAACAGUAUUAUUGGUUUCUUUAGGGGUAACGUGAGGAAACUUGCACUGAAUUCUCAUAAGAAGGGGUGCUAAAUAAACAUGCACGUCUGUGAGAUAGUUUGAGACUUUAAGCACUGAGUAGCCAGAUCUCAGAUCUGAGUCUUGGGUUUAGUUAGGCUUGAUCACUACAUUUAAAGUCUUACAAUAGAUUAGUCAUGUUUUCUUCUUCAUUAGAACUGUUUUCAUUUUGCCUAUGCCCAAAGGCAUCGAUGUAGCCUUAGAGAUGAUGCUUUCAAUGUACUCUGUACUUAAAGUACUGCCGGAUUGUUUUUACACUGGGGCAAUGCAACACUAAAGGGAUAACAGCCCGUUGUUGGGUAUUAAUAUGGCCAGUAUCUUCAACUAUAGCAAAAUACAGUAGUUUGGGGACUGGUAAAAAUGUAAUCGUGCUAGGAAUGACUAUCUUCAAACUUAUUUCUUAUUGUUUAUUAUUUAUUCUGAUAAUUUAUGUAUUUAUUUGGCCUGAAUGUACAUAUGAAUACACAUGUAAAUGUUCUUCUGAGUGGGCUUAUUUUCCUGUAGUUGCCUGAAGACUGUUCUGUAAUUCUCUCAGCUCAAAUAUACUCUGCUGUGAUGCUG